AUGGCUGAGCAUGUCAUUGAUGAUCCCAUCCUCGAAGAAGGUGCGGUUGUCUUUAGAGGGUAUGUGAUUGCACAUAUAAACGCAGAGGAGCCCAGUCGACACGUGACUUCUGAGGAGUUGGGAGGAAGGUCAGAUGAACAACAGGAUCCACAAAUCAAAGAAGUGGUAGAACAUCUGCGCAAGAUAGCCGACAGUUUAAAUCGCAACGCCGAGCUCCAGAGACUGAUAAACCAGGUUCAGGGGAACUGCGCUCAAGAUGUCUUCAUGACAGUUGCAAGAAACAUCUUUGCUGACGGCAUCAACUGGGGUCGAAUAGUGGCUCUCUUCCAUCUGGCCUGUAAACUUAUACACAAGGCUAUUUCCGCCAAUCACUUAGAGAACAUCCAAAUGAUCAUCAGCUGGGUCCUCCAGGUCAUCAGGGAGCAGGUCUACAGCUGGCUUGUGGCGCAGGGGGGCUGGGAGGGCGUGAUCCGUGGUUUCUCUCGAUGGAGGACAGCAGCCUUGGUAGCAUCAGUAGUGUUGGUGGUAGCCUUUGUUUACUACCGGAAAGUACGAUAGAAACAUCGGACCUCACAACCAAGACUGCAGUGCCUUCAUCUGGAUACAGCUUGUUAGGGAAUCUGUCGCAGUCACUCCUCAGCCUCCAUUAACACGAGGAGGUCAAGUCCUGUACCUAAAGGGACGGAUCUUCUCUUCUCUCAGGUUUCAAAGAACAAAAGCGCUUCUGCUGCUGAUGUCCAGCGAGCAUCUCAGCCUUUCUUCACUAGCAGGUGAUCAGUGGCUCCGUGGAUCUGACACUGGAGGCUCAGCUGUCAGCCGAUGCUGCUGUUGGACCCGAUCUUACCUGAACCACACCUGAGGCUCGAGUCAGUUCAGACUGGGUCUGUGCAAAGUUUAGAUUCACUGUGGACCCAGAGAGACCUGAGGGAGUUUACAACAACAUGAUUAUCUUAAUCAAGCCAACUGAAUGUGCCAGUUUCACCGUAGCUGGUGUCUGAAAUCUGAAUUGUGUUGUGUUCUGUCUCAGUCUUGUCUCUUUAAAGUCUUUUUAUAAACUUGUUUAUGUUUCUAGUAUCAAAGGACGUCAAAUCACACUGUAAGAAAUUGCAAAUGUUCCUUUUAUGGAACAUUUGCAUAAAAUUUUAAAGAUUUUAAAAACUGGACAAGAAUCCUCAAAACGAUCACACGUCAGAGUUUUUCACUGAACUGUUUCAACUAAUAUUUUGAAAUUACACAGGGAACAUGUGUUGGUUAAAUAAGCUUUUAUCAAGAAAACAAUGUUUUAAAGUGCAAUGGUUUGGAAUAAAUGUAAAACCUAUUUAAUUAAAACUGUCAAAAGAAA